CCUUUUCGCGUUGAACUCUGGGUAAAAUAUCUAUUACAACAACAAGAGUUUCCCGUUAGCUUGCAAAGAUAUUUAUUUUUUCUAAAUAUAUUUUUGUUUAAUUUGGAAUAAAGAGCGAUGGAGAAUGUACAUCUGGCUGUAGAGGAGGAUGAUCUUUACUCAGGUUACAACGACUUUAAUCCAACAUUUGACUCAGAGGAUCUGGAGAAUGAUUUAGGCUUCCAGCAAGCAGUUCGAACAAGUCAUGGAAGAAGACCUCCGUCUCGUGUGCCUUUGGCCACCUCGAUGGGCAGACCUAUGACUGGAGCUGUGCAGGAGGGGGCAACUCGACCAAUGACUGCUGUCAGAGCAGCUGGGUACACUUCCUCUAUGGCGCGUGGUAACAUGUUCCACCCCUUAACUGGUAGCUGUGGCUCUGCCUCAACAAUUGAGGCAAAAAAAAAACCCACGCCUGAAGAGAAGAUCAAGCUCCUGGAGAAGAAAGUGAAUGACUUGAUAGAAGAGAGCUGUGUGGCACAGAGUACAGGAAACCUACAGUUGGCUCUUGAAAAAGCCAAAGAGGCGGGCAGGAAGGAGAGAGCGCUGGUCAGACAGCGGGAACAGUCUGGCACUGCCGAUCACAUCAAUCUAGACCUCACCUACUCUGUAUUGCUCAAUCUUGCCAACCAAUAUGAGAACAAUGAAAUGUACCCAGAAGCCCUGAACAGCUACCAGGUCAUUGUCAAAAACAAGAUGUUCAGUAAUGCAGGCCGCCUGAAAGUCAACAUGGGAAACAUCUACUUCAAACAGAAAAACUACCCCAAAGCAAUCAAGUUCUACCGCAUGGCUCUGGAUCAGAUCUCUAACACUCACAAAGACAUGAGGAUCAAGAUCAUGCAGAACAUUGGUGUGGUCUUUGUCCGCUUGGGCCAGUAUUCAGAUGCCAUAACCUCUUUUGAGCAAAUCAUAAGUGAGAGUCCCAACAUAAAGGCAGGCUUCAACCUGAUCCUGUGCUACUAUGCCAUUGGAGACAGAGAGAGGAUGAAGAAGGCCUUUCAGAAGCUCAUCUCUGUUCCUCUGGGUAUUGACGAUGAAGACAAGUACAUUUCUUCUAAUGAUGACACUAGCUUGAAUAUGGUGAUUGAAGCCAUUAAAAACGACAGGCUUCACCAAAUGGAAAGAGAUUUGAAAGUCCGGGCUGAGAGGUACAUCAUGACUGCAGCCAAGCUCAUCGCCCCAGUCAUUGAAACAUCCUUUGCUAUUGGAUUUGACUGGUGUGUUGACAUGGUGAAGAGUUCUCAGUAUGUUGAGCUUGCCAAUGAUCUGGAGAUCAACAAAGCCAUCACGUAUCUGAGACAGAGAAACUUCAACCAGGCCGUGGAAACGCUGAAGACCUUUGAGAAGAAGGACAGCAGGGUAAAAAGUGCUGCAGCCACUAAUCUUUCUUGUCUCUAUUUCCUGGAAAAGGAUUAUGACCAGGCUGACCGAUAUGCUGACCUCGCCAUGAACGCUGAUCGUUACAACCCUGCAGCUCUUAUCAACAAGGGCAAUACCGUGUUCCUCAAACAGGACUAUGAAAAGGCUGCAGAGUUUUACAAAGAGGCUCUGAGAAAUGAUUCCUCGUGCACCGAAGGGCUCUAUAAUCUGGGUCUGACCUAUAAGAGACUGGACCGUUUGGAGGAAGCUCUGGAUUGUUUCCUGAAGCUUCAUGCCAUCCUGAGAAACAGUGAUCAGGUUAUGUAUCAGCUGGCCAUUCUUAACGAGCUGCUGGGAGAUCCUCAGCAGGCAAUCGAGUGGCUGAUGCAAGUCAUCAGUGUGACUCCCACUGACCCCCACGCAUUGGCCAAACUGGGAAAACUGUAUGAUGAUGAAGGAGACAAGUCCCAGGCUUUCCAAUACUACAGUGAGUCCUACAGGUACUUUCCCUGCAACAUUGAUGUGAUCGAGUGGCUCGGGGCUUACUACAUCGAGACACAGUUCUGUGAGAAGGCCAUCCAGUACUUUGAAAGAGCCACACUCAUACAACCAGCGCAGGUGAAAUGGCAGCUAAUAGUGGCCAGCUGUUUCAGAAGAAGUGGAAACUAUCAGAAAGCUCUGGAAACUUAUAAAGAGAUCCAUCGCAAGUUUCCAGAAAACGUAGAAUGUUUGCGGUUCCUGGUGAGGCUGUCCACAGACAUGGAUCUGAAGGAAGUCCAAGAAUAUGCCACCAAGCUGAAGAAGGUAGAGAAGAUGAAGGAGGUCAGAGAGCAGAGGGUGAAGUCAGGACGGGAGAACAGUGCGAGAAGUCGGCGAGAAGGCAGAGAGGGCAGCGGAGGGAGCGCUG